CUGUACACCAAAUUCAGACAAGGACUCUCCAAUGUCUUCUACUGUACGCCAGAAGGGGACACGCGCGAUGACCCCUGUAAAACAUUCUCCACGAACAUUUGCUGGCUCAAAAACAGGCUGUACUGUACGAGAAUUGGCAACUGCAUAUCAGAAUCACAUUGGAGAAACCCUUAAUGAGGUUGAAGAGCUAACUUCUGAGGAGUGUGAGGUAACACACUCCCCAGCUCAUGUAACACGACAUGCACGAGUUAGACAUGCAAAGACUCCAGACUCCCAGAGAGUUCGGAUAAAGCCCCCUGCCAGAACCCCACCUGCAACUUGUACUUCAGAUAAGGUUAUUCGACCAAAGAAGAUUUUACUCAGCAGCAGCAGCAGUACCCAUGGUAGCUCUCGUGAUACACCAAAAACUUUCUCAAGAAGUCGGCUGAUGCUUACCUCGUCAUCCUCGACGCAACGAGGAAAGGAUGAAGCGGGUACAGGAAGCUCGUGAAGAAAGAGAGCGUAAGGCUAUAGAAGCAAAGAAACAACAAGACAGAGAUAGAAAGAACAGAGAGGAGCGACUAAGAGAACAGCAGCAGCAGCACAGAAAGCAGCAACUUCUUGCUAAGAGACGUGCAGAAGAGGCUAGAGUUAAGAAGAUUAAAGAACAGGUAGGUUUAAGCAGUAACCUUGGAAAUUAAAUUA